AUGCAACUGAUUGUAAUGACAUCAGAAGAUUGGCAAGAAGUGGUGGGGUUACUCGGCGCUGUGCUCCUAGCGAUUACAAAUGGAGCCCCAGCGGUGCCCACUCCGGCUCCCAUUCACACCGAUAAUCCCAAAUAUGGCGCAUUUAUGGAUGUCGUCAAGCUUCUCAAGCCAAUGAUGAACACGUCGGCCGAUCCAUGCAAUGACUUUUACGCCUUCACAUGCGGCAACUUCAACGGGGAUAUGUCUUUCGACGUUUCUGACAACGAGAAUAGCAUCAAAAUGGCUCGUCAAUUCAAAAAGCAAUACUAUCUCGAUGUUGCGCCUCAACCGGUAAACCAAGCUGCUUGGUACUUCCAACAAUGUCGACAAGCCAAUAUGAAUUGGAACAGCGUAGCCAAUGGUGCACCAACUGUCAGCGCUCUGAACGACAUGCUUUCAAUGACUGGUGUCCCAUUCCCGGCUCUCAACCAAUCAAUCAACAAUAUCUCUCCACUCACACCAACCCAAUUGGGUACCAUGAUCGGCUAUCUGGCCGGAAGCGAGGGUGUUUAUACUCUUCUUUCGCCAUUCGUUGACACAAACUGGAAGGACCCAACAGGACCACAGGGCUACGGUCUCUUCAUUGAUCAACCAACAACAAUCUAUCGCUCCACCUAUUACACAAAAGCCUGGGAUCUCAUCAGAAGCAACUACGUGGCAACCGUGCAAAAGAAUCUACAAAAAGUGGCGGCAGCGAUGAAUAUGAAUGCAUUGAAUCCGACAAAGCUGAAGAGUGACGCCGAGGCGCUUGUCGAUUUCGAGUUCAAUCUUGCCACCCAAUACAGCACCGACGACACUACCCGGCGAAAGUACCAGCGCAGUUACAAUCCGAUGACUCGAACCAAUGCCACCACCGCCUAUUCAUUCAUCGAUUGGAGAACGUUUUUGGCACAUGCACGUGAAAGAAAUCUAACAAACUCUACUGAUAAUAAGCUUUUGAAA